AUGAUAACGGGGAGCCCUCAGAUGAUCUGGUCCCUGCCAUUCUGGACACUGCCCAUCAGUACAACAUCCAGGUAUGGCUCCCAUGGUGCAUUUUACCGUUAUAAGAACAGCAUGGGCAAGAGCCUCCCACUCUUUUAUGUCUACGACUCAUAUCUGACAUCCCCUGAGGCCUGGGCCCACCUCCUGACACAAAACGGGCCCCACUCGAUCCGCAACACUCCCUAUGACGGGGUCUUUAUAGCACUGCUGGUGGAGGAGGGCCACACCCAUGAUAUCCUUGCAGCAGGAUUCGAUGGAAUGUACACCUACUUUGCCUCCAAUGGCUUCUCCUUUGGCUCCUCCCAUCAGAACUGGAAAGCUGUGAAGAACUUCUGUGAUACCAACAACCUGAUGUUCAUCCCUAGUGUGGGGCCUGGGUACAUUGACACCAGCAUCCGGCCCUGGAACAACCACAAUACUCGGAACAGGGUCAACGGCAAGUACUAUGAGACAGCCCUGCAGGCUGCCCUGACUGUGAGGCCUGAGAUCGUCUCCAUCACCUCUUUCAAUGAGUGGCAUGAGGGCACGCAGAUCGAGAAGGCUGUUCCCAAGAAGACGCCAACCCGCCUCUAUUUGGACUACCUGCCUCACCAGCCCGGCCUGUAUCUAGAGCUGACCCGCCGCUGGGCAGAGCACUUCGUCAAGGAAAAGGAGCAGUGGCUGAUGUGAGGGGCAGUACUCAAACCUCAUUAGGUCACCAAGCUGGUUCAGCUGAGGAUAUAGACACACACUAGUCCCAAGUAGCAACUGGGUGCUUGUGGGUGGGCCAACUAACUCAUGUAGAACAGAGCCUGGCCCUUGGACUGGUGGGCUGGGGUGAUGAAGCAAGGCUUGAUGGAGGCGGCUGGCAGGAGGCUGCACACGGCUCAGGGCAGCUCCACAUCCUUUAGCUUGCAGCUGCGGCAGGCUAUAUAGUGGAGUUGCCAGCCACUGUGCUUAAAAGGGUCUCAGGGUUCUGAGCUAGCAUGCACCUUACUUCCUUUGGACAGCCUACAAAUUCUCAGGCACCUUCCCACAUCUUGCUGAAUACAGGGGACCGUAUUCGGCACUUCUACAAGGGGACUUUGUUUAAGGUCCUUCCAGGAGAUUCCUGUGCCCCGUUGUCAGGAAACUGCGCAUCCACACUCAUACUAAGCACCUUCCUUACUGUCGGGUACUGGGGCAUCUGAUCAAGGCUCCCUCCUGAAGCUUACAGGAUCUUGCUUUGGGUGUAGCCAUGGAGCUGGCACCUUGGCUGUUUUGCCCUUCUCUGCAGCUACACCCAGGCCUGGUGUUCAGCUAUUUUCCUCCAAGAAAAUACCACUGUGGUCCAGAGCCUUUCCCAGAUGAACAGAGCUGCAGAGGACUAGGUCACUCUCCCUUCAGCUGUCUAGGCUGGGGAGGCCACCCACUAGGGCCAUUUUCAGGGCUACUGUGAUUUGUAUUAAAUAGAAGUAUUUGCCAGUACACAUUCCUCUUGCGGCCCUCAUAACUGCUGACCUCUAGGUCAGUCUGUGACAAAUUAGUGUAUGGCUGGGCUGGCUACUUUUAGCACAAUGGAGAUGGGUUUGCUUAAAUGACGAGUUUAUGUACGAUUUCUAGAGGGACCUUAACAAGCCAGGACUUAUUUAUAAACAAACUAAUGCUAAUUGCAAGGAUCCUUGUUAAAGUAAGACCAAUGGAACAUUUUUCAGCAAGAUUCUCAAAACACACUUGAAAAUGUUCACCGAAACCACUACUGGUUUACAGGCUAAGGCUGAGCCACGACUCUGGAAAAUGGUAGCAAGUGGGGGAGGAUGAGGUGGAAUACAAGUCAUUUCAAGGACAACCAGCCCACUGACCGACUAAACCCUGCCUGACAGAUAAGCAGGGCUGGCCACCCAGCCUGUAGCUUAGUUGGGAGGGCUGGAUCUAAGCAGCGCUAAUUUCAUCUCCUGCACACAGAGCUUGGAUGCAGCAAGGCCAACAGGAAGGAACAGGCAUCCUCAAAGAGACUUGACUCAGAUCUUCUGAAGGCUAAUCUACAUCAACAGCCAUAAUGCACAUAUACACCUUGACCUAAAAUCCUACCCUAAGGAAAUAGCUCAAAAGAAAAAUAAACCAUUGACAACUGUU